AUUGUUGACAAGUCUGUGAUAGGUGUCGGCAUGUUUACAACACUCACUGUCGUGCUGCUGCUGUUUGUCCAGGGAGUCAUCGACGUACACAGUAAUGCCACCACCACGCCGGAGUAUAACGGUAUACGAUGUCUCGAGUGCCAUGAAGUGGCCUCGCCCUCUGAAUGCAGCAUGUGGGUUUCUUGCGGAGAGGAAGAAGAGUGCUAUACCAGGGAGUACUACAACAGAAACAUGAUCCGGGGCUACCACAUGGGUUGCGAGCUCAAGUCGAGGUGUGACAUAUACAGGCGCAUCGCUGCGCUUUUGGGAAAGAGGGACACGCAUACCUGCUUCGAGUGCUGCAACACCGACGACUGCAACAGCGCCCUCUGCGGUGCAGUGACAGCGCCGGCGGUAACAAACAAUCACGAUCUCCGCUGCCUUGACUGUCAUGCUGUAGGCGACCCCCGACUGUGCGACCAUUGGUCAAUGUGUGGACAGGAUGAGGUAUGCUUCACGCGGUCGUUCGUUGACUCCACAGGGCAGGUGAAGUUCAAUCUUGGCUGUGAGUUUCAGCAGGCGUGCGUGCUACCCAGCAACCAGACAGAGCCCGACCCCCAGGCGUGUAUGGACUGCUGUGAGACGAAUGGCUGUAACAAUCAGUUGUGCCUCUCCGCCUUUAAUCAAAUCGGAUCAGCCUCAUCUAUCCCGCCAACAGCUGGAACAGGAUGUCCGCAGAACUUCUAUAAGGGAGGUAACUCCUGCUACUACUUCUCCAACGACACCAAGGCCUGGAAUUCUGCGUUGACAGCGUGUAGAGGAUUAGGGGCGGACCUUGUUUCCGUGGAAACACAGGCAGAAAAUGACGUCCUAAGUAAACUACUUAUUACCACCUUAAAGACGAAGGUAUCAGUCUACUGGAUCGGUGGGUACUAUGUGACUGCCACCUCCUCCUGGACCUGGCCCGACUACCGGCCCGUCACGUUCACCAACUGGGGUCCCUCUCAGCCCCGCUACAAGUCCUACAGCUACACCAUCGCCAUGUUGAAUCCCCAGCAGAACUCUGGCUUCACUAACUGGGCCUGGGCGUCCUAUGGCGCCAACAGGGGAUACAACUACAUCUGUGAGGCGAGGGCCCACUAGUCUGAGAUGAUGGCAAUAAAACAUGACUAUGAAA